AUGGGCUCCAUGAAGAACAUUCUCGAGCCGCUCGCCAUUGCUUCUUUACACACUUUGGGCGCUUGGAUGAAUAGGACUGUUCGUCAUCCUUCCGAUGUUGAUGACCCCAGUCGAACACCAUUGUUUCGGGACGAUCCUAGGGAAGGACGCUGGGAUCCCGGAGAUGUGUCUACCGAAGAAGUCGCGAGCAAGGUGCACAAUCGCAGAUCGAACCCGAACAUCCCAUCUCGCGUCUUGAGAAAAUUUCCUUUUAUUCUGGAGAUCUGGUACUGGCUGUUGAUCUACUGGGUCUACCAAGGUGCCCGUGCCGUAUCAGCGCGACUCAUCGCCGGCAAUGACGCCACCUUUGCCAACGCAGAAAGACACGCAAUCCAGCUGCUUCACCUCGAGCAUAUCCUCAACCUUGACAUUGAACUAUCCGUCCAACAGGCCAUUCUCACGAAAGCCCCCAUCUACACCACGCUCCCCCGCCGGCGAUACGAAGCCAUUCGACGUUCUCUGGCGCUGAUGAACAUUUUCGCCUUUUGCAUCGUGACUCUGUGGCGUUGCACACCUCCCCGUCUACUCCCCAAGGAGUACGGGUUUGAGGAUGUGCUCCAUAAGAGUACUGCAGGAUCUGCCUGGACGCACAACAAGUUCCAGUUGACCAUUGCAGCGAUGCCGUCGCUGCAUUUCGGCGUGUCUGUCUUCGUCGCGUCUUGUCUAGUCGCAUUCAGUCCGCACACGGUACUUCGCUCUGUUGCGCCGAUCUGGCCGGUAAUGAUGGGAUUGACGGUGGUUGCGACGGCAAACCACUUCGUUCUCGACAUGGUGGUCGGGGUUGCGGUGGUGGCUAGCGCGUACGGAUUGAAUCGGGCAAUGUUGAUUCUCGUACCGAUUGAAAGGAUCAUCCUUCGCAUACUUCGCUUGGAGAAGCCUCGGUAA